GGUCCCCCUGAAACGUGGAAACACACACAUGCCGACUGAGUGUGCGAGGUAGUUCAAUCAUGUUUGCUAGUUUUAUAGAUAAAAUUGGCGAGGCUGUAGUGCCUGGCGAUGUUUUCACGCUUGACCUACCUCCACCGGAGAGUAACAUUAAACCAGAAAAGCUCAUUUGUGGCCCGGGUUUGCGACGAGAUGGGGAGAAUGUGAGCGUUUGUAAAUGUGGUAUCCUACGACACAAACCCCCCAAUGUGUUUUGGAUCGACUCACAGCAGAAACGGUAUGUGCCGGUGAAAGGGGAGACGGUGAUUGGCAUUGUGACGAACAAAUCAGGAGACAUCUUCAAGGUGGACGUGGGCGGGAGCGAGGCUGCCAGCCUAUCAUAUCUGGCCUUCGAAGGAGCCACCAAGAGGAACCGCCCCAACGUACAGGUGGGAGACCUGGUGUUUGGCCAGUUCCUGAUCGCCAAUAAGGACAUGGAGCCGGAGCUGGUGUGUAUCGACAGCUGCGGACGAGCCAAUGGCAUGGGGGUGUUUGGAGAGGGGGGGCUACUCUUCACCGUCUCACUAGGACUUGUACGCAGGUUGUUGUCUCCUCAGAGUGACCUGGUAAAGGAGUUCUCCAGCCUGUUCCCGUGUGAGCUGGUGGUGGGUAUGAAUGGGCGCGUCUGGGUGAAGGCCCACUCCACUCAACACACACUCAUACUGGCCAACCUCCUGCAGAGCGCUGAACACAUGACCAGCAAACAGAGACAACAGCUCUUCAAGAGGGUCGCCGACGGAACCUUCUAGACGAGGGGGGGGUUGCGUGUGUGUGUGUGUGUGUGUGUGUGUGUGUGUGUGUGUGUGUGUGUGUGUGUGUGUGUGUGUGUGUGUGUGUGUGUGUGUGUGUAUGUGUGUGUUUGUUUGUUUGUGAAGGGGAAAAAAAGAGACAGACUCUGUAACACACUGUGUGUGUGUGUGUGUGUGUGUGUGUGUGUGUGUGUGUGUGUGUGUGUGUGUGUGUGUGUGUGUGUGUGUGUGUGUGUGUGUGUGUGUGUGUGUGUGAGAGACAGAGAAAAAGACAGUGACGGUGUGUCACUGUGUGUGUAUGUGUAAGAGAGAGAGUGUGUGUGUGUGUGUGUGUGUGUGUGUGUGUGUGUGUGUGUGUGUGUGUGUGUGUACAUUAUGGUAUGCAGCUGUCUUCAGUUCCUCAGUACGUUGUUUGGAUUUAUGGUCUGUUAGUUUUUGUACCAAUUUAUUGAAAUAAAAAAAAAUCUGAUC